GAAACGGUAUUGUAAAGUGGACGUGUUUUAUAUUUUAGUUAAUUGUUUUGUUUACGAUUCCAUUUAGUUUGAUUAACAACUGUGACUAUUGUGAUGACCUCCGGAAUAAUUGGAGCGAUUAUACCAUGGCUACUGUUAGCGACAAUGGCACACGCAAUAGAGGUGAACGUUACGGGUGAAUGGCGUCCAGACCUGGGAUGGGAAGUUACUUGUGGGUGGCAAACACUGUCCAAUGACACCCUACAGUCAGUCAGAUUAUAUAACAAUGGACAGCAGUUCAUGAUUUAUCGACCUGAGAGACAUGGUCCAGCACGAAGCGAAGUGUUCCAAACUCCUCAGACAGUAAUGCACGUGGACUGCGCCAUAACCGUAGAUAGGGGACAAGAAGGAAGGUGUGUUAUGCUUCUGGAACCUUACCAGCCCUCCGUGAACGAUUUUACAUACACGUGCGAAGUUUCUGGCGAAAGACCGAUGUUCCGAAUUGGGAAGAAGGAUUACCUUGUUAAAAUUCUCGUUCCACCAUCAAAUGCAUCGCUGACAAGCAAAACCCAAGAUAACUCGUCUCCAACCCGUGUAAUGCUCAACUGCUCUUCAACUGGUCUUCCUGCACCGAAUUUGCUGUGGACUGUUGAUCAAGAUAAGUUACAAGCAGAUUUCACUGGUCGCGUUUGGAAUGCAACGUCAAAACUAUGGAACGUCUGGUCCUAUCUAUCAUAUACCCGGAGCACAGACGCUAAGGUCCUUUGUACUCCUGAGGUAAAUUCUAGUAAUGAGAUUAUUAGAGGAACGCCAGCGGAGUUCAACUCAGCUUCUAGAUAUUUUGGUACAAGGCAUAUCAUGCUUAUGACAUUAUUUCUGCAUCUAUUAAGGUGAACUUUAUAUGGACUUUUACUUAAAUGAAACUGCAAAUUUUAUUAAUAAUGUUUUUUUUUAUUUCAUUAGGAUAUCAUUGUUGACUUAGAAACAUUAAGGAGGGGUGGUUACUCUGGAACAAUAAGCACAGAUAAUAAAAUAUCAUCAUUGAUAAUUUUUAGUAAAUCAUUUAACAUGUAGCUAUAUCAAAGGCCUAAUAUUUACUGUUAAAUUAUCUGUGAAUUUGUUCACAGUGUAACAACUAUCUUAGUAAAAUAUUGAUUAAUAAAAUCUCCACACUGCAUAUAUAUUAUAAUUUUAUAUCAAUAUGUUCUAUGAAAUAUCUUGCUUUAGUAAUAUAGCAGAUAUUUAAUUUAUGAAUGACGGCAGCAGUUAUCAAAAUUAAACAUGAAAAUAUUAAAAAAACACUCAAAUUUCAUAGAACACAAUGCUAUAUAGGUUUGUAUAUGGAUAAGGAUAGCUAUAUAUUAAUUUUCAAGUAGAAAUGCUACUCUAUGGACAACAUUGAUAAUAUAGACACCAAUGACAAACAAAUUUGCACAUUUAAAAAAUUAAGGUUAUAAUGAAACAUGUGGAACAAAAAUUAAAUUAUUUUUUUAAUUUCAAUUUAUUAUAUUAAAUUAUUUUAAAUUGCAAGACAUGACAAAUUUCACUCAAGUUAUCAUAAUUUUGUAGAGGAAAUUUCAGAAUAUAUUAAUUUGAAUAUAUAAAAGAAAUAUAAAGAUUUUUGCCCACAUGUCUCAAUAGUCAGCGUGGAAAUUACCUUACAAUGAUUUUGGCAUUCGGUUAGGAUUUCUUAGAGUUACUAAGUUACGUCAUUAAAGAUUAUACUUUAGAAGUAAUUUUCAGAUUACAUCAUUAAAAUCCAACUUACAUGUAACUAAGAGAAUCUUAUUCAUAAUAGAACCGUUUAAAAUUGUAAUGUGCGUGAAUUAUUAUAUAUUAAAAACAUUAUUUUCAAUGACAUAAAGAUUAUUUUCAAUGACUUUGUACAAUGUGUUAACAAAGAAAACGACAAAAUACCAUUUAGACUAGUUUUAAAUUCAACAAAAUAUAUUUUUCCUAUUUUUCAAUAAUUGUAAAAUAAAAGUAAAGUAGAGUCAGCAAGUCAAUUGUCAAAGAAAUUAGCAAUUAAAAUUCUCAUUCGAGAGAGAGGAUCAAAUGCAUUGACGGCGAUCUUUAUAAACGUUGCUUAGUUUAGUUAAACAUUGAUUUCGCUCUUUUUGUCAUUAUUGAUUUGACAUUCGAAAGAAGAGGACAGAGCAUUGUUUCACAAAUCAGUUACUAAGCAAUGUUUAUAAAUAAGGCCGUAAAUUUUUGUCAAUUUUUUUUGAAUUAUUAUGUUGUCUAUUGCUUUUCAAACUUCAGAAUAAAUUUUAUUUUCCUUGACAAAUAACGAGUAGACGUGAUAAUAUUUCAAAAUAUUAUAAUUGUUUUCAUAGUUUUAUUUUUCACUUUUAUAUAUACUAUUAAAAUUGAAUAUAGCGUAAUGUCUGUACAUUUGUAAAUAAUAAAUUUUUAUGGACGUAAUUUGACAAUUGAUUAGAAAUGUAACAAUUAAAAUUAAACAUGUGACCUGGUGCUAAAGGGGCCUUUUAUAAUCAGGAUAGAAUCAAUGAACAGAUACUUAGCAUGAAUCAAUUUAUAUAUUUUUUAAAUUAUUCAGCAAAUGGAAAAAUGUGGUUUACAUUUUACUUAAAACGUACUUUAUCCUUUAGCAACAGGCCACCGAACAAUGUAAAUAUAGUAUGUACUAAAGAGUAUGAAAUAACUAGGUCACCGGAGCUCAAUAUGUUUUUAACGUCGAGAAUAUAUUUAGCUAAUAUUUCAUUAUGAUAGAAACUAUUAAUUGUAUCACUAUGAUAAAAUUAUAAUCAUAUAAUUCAUUUAUUGAAAGUUGAUUAUGUUUGUAAAAAGUUCGCCUUUUUUAUUUACUUUGUGCGUUUUAACCAUUUAGAAUAUAAUAUAACAUAAUAAUACGACUUGUUGAAUUCAACUUGACAUUCUAUUGUUUUUUAUU